AUGCAUCUGAAUUGUAGCGGCAAAUGGCCAUGCUUGAGCUGGCGUGAAGUUUGUGACAAGAAAGUGGAUUGCUCAGAUAGUGUUGAUGAGAUUGAUUGCUGGAAACUGGAAGCCAAUGAGUGCAACGAAAGUGAAUUUCGAUGCCAAAACGGUCAAUGUAUCCCGGUACAAUUUUUUUUUGAUAAAAGUCAUCAACCGGACUGCUUAGAUGAAAGCGAUGAAUAUCCACUUCUCAUUAGAAAACAUGAUUGUUUCGCUGAUCUUUCGUUUCAAUGCGAAGAGCAUUUAUGUCAAUGGGGACAGUAUGAUUUCUCAUGUGGUGAUGGACAAUGUACUGAUGGAAUUAAAGAAUGUUCGAAUGGUCGUAGUCAUCUUUUGCCAGCCGAUUUUUGCUCUAAUACAGUGGAAAUGGAUUUUUUCAACAAUAUCAAUGGUGCCAUUGAUACUGAAUGGUUGACAACGUUUUGUUCGAAGCUUAGCAAAAUGGAAGGUAAUCGCUCUAUGUUAUACGAGUUUCGCUAUGUUGCAUCAAUAUUCGGACAUGUGCGCCUUUUAUAUUCCAGUGAAAAAAUUCAAUCGAAUAAACCUUUCUUGCCGGACUAUGUAUGUUACGAUGAGAAGCUCUGCGCUGAUUUUCUUCCAGCUACAGCAUAUUUCAAUAACCUGGCAUGUCGACAUUUUCAAACUUUAGGAUUAGAAAAUCCAAAUUCAUAUAAUGAUAUAAAAACAUUGAUUAAAGAUAUCAAAAUUCUAUUCAGAGGAUGCUUAGUGACAGGAAACGAAAUGAAAUAUUGCAAUUUUUCAUGGAUGUACCAAUGUGAGAACUCGACAAAAUGUAUUUCUCUGCAGCGACUUGUUGAUGGUAUUCAAGAUUGUCCAUUUAAUGAUGAUGAAACAUUUAACGAAAGUUGUUCACUUAAAGAUAUUCGUCAACGUUUUAACUGUUCGUUGAAUGGCAAUAAAAUAUGUUAUGCACUUACUGUUCUUAAUAAUAAGAUUGAUUGUGAUAACGGCGAAGAUGAACUUCAAGAAAAUAAAAUAUUACGAAAGAAACACAUAUAUUUUCGGACAAUAUGCGACGGAAUAACAGAAUUACAACCUGUAUUGAUUGAUGGACGUUAUGAAACAGAUGAAACAGAUUGUAGCCAUUGGUUAUGUAACAAUACUAACAAUAGAUGUGACACCCGCUGGAUGUGUGAAGAUGGUGCUGAUGAGGUAAAUUGUCCAUCAUCGACUUGUUCGAAAGAUCAUCACAGAUGUGUGUUUCUGAAUAAUACAUCAAAUGUAUCAUGUUUGCCAAUAGCUCUAGCUGGAAAUGGCAUUCAAGACUGUCUCGGUGGAACGGAAGAACUGGUAGGAUAUUUACGAAACAGUUCUCCUGAGGAGGUUUAUUAUACUUUUCAAUGCUGGAAUGAUACGAAACGCAUUAAAACUAGAAGUAUUUGUGACGGAAGGAUGGACUGUAUUUUUCAUGAUGACGAAACAUUUUGUGAGAAUAUCAGACCGAAUGGAUUUGAACAAUGCACCAAGUCAGAGCCACCUAUGACAGAAAUCGAAAAAUUUCUUGGCUCCUGUCACAUCAACAUGCGGCCAACAGAGAAAGUACAUUUUAAAUUAUUUAAUAGCAUUACAUACCCACCACUUUUAAAGAUACACAAGAGUCGCAUGUUACCGUCGACUCUUAAAAAUACUCCUUUUUCUAAAAGCGAUCUCUCUAUCAGUACAGAAUUAGAUUCUGAAUGGCCGUGCAAUCGUGGAAUAGAUCUUUAUGUUCGAAUGCCUGAUUUUACCGCGCAAUUAUACUGUCUUUGCCCACCAAGUUUUUAUGGAGAUAGAUGUCAAUAUGAAAAUCAACGUGUAAGUGUCUCGCUUCAGAUUCGAGUUGAAGCGCACUGGUAUGAUUUACUUAUAUUUCUGAUAACUCUGAUUGACAAUGAACGAAAUAUUGAAGCACAUGAUUACGUUGAAUAUUUACCGAUUCGGGACUGUCGAAAUAAAUUUUAUACCUAUUUAUUAUAUGCAACGAGGCCGAAGAGUGUAUUAAAAAAUUACUCAGUACAAAUCGAUGCAUUUGUUCAAAUGACAAUGGUAUAUCGUGCUAGCUGGAUUUUUCCACUUCAAUUUCCAUUUCUUCCUGUUCAUCGUGUAGCUGUUCUUCUAGAAAUUCCUAUUUCGAAUGCCCAGCCUACACACAGAUGUUGGCCACCGUGCAAACAUGGCCAAUGCUAUUUUUAUAUCAACAAACAGAACUCAACAUUCUGUCUUUGUGAGCAGGGUUGGUCAGGGAUACAGUGCAAUGCGAAAGAGGCAUGUGACUGUGCCAACGGUUCCUUAUGUAUUAGUAAGUCAAUCUGCUUAUGCUCUAAUGAUCGAUUUGGUCCUCAAUGUAAUCUGUUACGGCUGCCAUGCCAAGCUAAAUCAUGUCUCAAUGGCGGAAAAUGCUUAUCUUUAGAUGUGAGAUAUAUACCUGGAUAUUUGCAGCAGGCAAUAUGCGUUUGUCCAAAAGGGUUUAUAGGUGAAUAUUGUCAACUUCAACAAGCACCAAUUCGAAUUUAUUUAACUUUUCAUCGGAAAAUAAGCAUUCCACCAUCAGUAAUUAUUCAUUUUAUCGAUGUUCAACUAAAAAUGGAACCCAAUCGAACAAGUGUAAUCAAAAAUAUUGGAUUCAAUCAAGAUUCAUUAACUCUUUAUAUCUCGCUUUGGUUUAACAUAGCUAUUGCGCAAAUAUUUGAUCGCUACCAUCUUAUUAUUCUUCAAGAAGAAACAAUUCUCUCGGCAAAUAUAUCAACAGAAGUCAUGCCAUCGAAUCAAUGUCAAUCUAUUCAGGAACUGCUCAAUGGAACAUUAGCGAGUCAACAUUUGUUGAAACGCAUAAAAUAUUAUCAUGUACCAUGCCAACAGAAUCAACAGUUAAUUUGUUUCUUUGAUGAUGUUUACAUAUGCUUCUGUACUCUUGAUCGACAAUCUAAUUGUCUCGAAUUUGAUCAUAAUGAAAUUUAUAAUUGCGGUGGAGGAAAUUUCUGUGAAAAUGAAGGUUACUGUUUCCAAGAAGAUCCUAAAUGCCCUACACCACCAAUCUGCACUUGCCGUCAAUGCAAUUUUGGAUCACGAUGCCAGUUCUCUACCAAAGGAUUUACACUUUCUUUGGACAUUAUUUUAGGUUAUCACAUUUAUCCCAGAACUGGAAUUAAUCAUCAGUCAUUUAUUGUAAAAGUCGCCAUAGGAAUCGCCACAUUUAUGUUUAUUUUCGGUCUUAUAAAUGGCUUUCUCUCCUUUCAAACCUUUCGAGGAAAAGAAGUACGUACAGUUGGCUGUGGUCAUUAUCUUUUUGUAUCAUCAAUCAUAUCCAUCGUAACUGUGAUAAUAUCCACAGCGAAAUUUUCAGUUCUCUUAGCGUUUCAGAUCGGUUCCAUAAACAAUCGUUCUUUUAUGCACAUACAAUGUGUCUGCAUCGAGUUUCUUCUUCGAUCUCUUUUGAGUACUAAUGAUUGGGUUAAUGCUUGUGUAGCCAUUGAAAGAAUUGUCGUUGUAAGAAAGGGUACUAAGUUCAAUAAAACAAAGAGUAAACAAGUAGCUAAUUGGAUGGUUUGGAUUGUCCUCUUUCUCACUAGUUCUAUGUACGCUUAUGACCCAAUUUAUCGUGGUCUAAUUGACGAUGAUCAAGACCAACGUACAUGGUGUGUUACUCAAUAUUCAUCAUCUCUGCAAAUGCUUGACUGGAUUUUGAACAUCUUUCAUUUUUUUAUUCCAUUUACAAUUAAUGGUAUUUCUGCUAUGAUUAUCAUCCUAACUGUUGCUCGGACUCGAUCCAAAUCUCAGAGAAAGACAUCUUUUGAAUCACAUCUCUACAAACAACUUAAACAUCAUAAACAUCUAUUAAUCUCGCCAUUGCUUCUUAUUCUAUUGGCAUUACCUCGUCUAAUUAUUUCAUUUUUAUCUGGAUGCAUGAAAACAGCUAAAGAUUCUUGGUUUUAUCUCAUCGGUUAUUAUAUUUCGUUAAUUCCACCAAUGACAACGUUUGUAAUAUUUGUUUUACCAUCGGACACCUAUAAAAAGGAAUUUCGUGAAUCAAUGAAACGAUUUUACUAA